GUGCUGCUUGGCUGCUACAUGUGACAUUGACAACAGAGGCACCAUGCGGCUGACCGCUCUCCUGUCGAUGGCAGCCCGGGUGGUCGUGCCCAAAGAUUACCGCUUCGGCACCAACAGGCCGUGGACAGUGGCCGCGAAGAGGCUGAAUCCUGCGGGGAAGAAGAGGAGGAAGGUGUUUGUGGAGCCGCUCGCACCAGCGGACUGGUCUGUGCUCAAAGGGGACACGGUCCAGAUUCUCACAGGGAAGGACCAAGGGAAGCAAGGAAAAGUGAUCCAAGUCUUCCGACACAGAAACUGGGUUAUUCUGGAGGGUCUGAACACGCAUCACAGGUAUAUUGGAAAAACUGAGGAUUACCGAGGGACGUACAUUGCCAGCGAGGCUCCCAUCAUGCUCCGCGAUGUUGCACUCAUCGACCCGUCGGAUAGGAAGCCCACGAAUGUGCAGUGGAAAUUCACAGAGGAGGGGGAUAGAGUCCGAGUGUCGCUCAGGACUGGUCGAAUCAUCCCGAAACCCGUUGUGGAGCGACGAGAUGGCAUCGUGCCACAGCAGUGGAAAGAUGGUCCGAAAGACACAAGUCCAGAAGACACUCUUGAAAAAACCUAUGUGCCGUCUCUAAAAACCCUGGAGGAGGAUGUGAUGGAGAAAAUGGGCAUCCAGGAGACCAGAAGGAACAAACGGUCCUACUGGUACUGACCAGUUGUGCUCCCCAGUUUUCACAAGGACUCUGAAAGUCACCGUGUUUCGGUAUGGAGUCGAGCAGAAUGAAGUGUUAAAAAGAGACUGACGACGACAUGAGCAAGGCACAUGGGUGAUAAAAUACUGGUGCAUCAUACAUAUUAUGAAGGAAAUGACAGCUUUGUAAACAUUUGAGGAGGUGAAACAGACCUGCCACUCAAAUGUUUCCUGAUUAGUUUAAAUUGUUCUCUAUUAAGUGUGGCAUCAGAGUUUGAAUUCACUUCCUCUCUUUGUAAUUGUGAAUAAAUGUCACACGUAAUCCAAUAUCUUUUAUUCUGCCGUCUACUGGAGGUUCACUUCACGCUUCAAUAGAGGAACCGGAUAGUCUCAAACAACAAUAGCAUUAAAUUAAAUAAGAAAUUAAAAACUGAA